UAAAGACUAAGUAACUUGAUUCCAUGUAAGCGAAAUGAAAGUAAAGUUCUUUCAAUAACCGGAAUCUAAACGCCUGUAUGUUUUGUGGCGUGAAAUUGUUUAAACAAUUUGAGGAAGAAAGGUCACUGCAUCUAAAUUGAAUCCCAGUGAGGACAGAAUGGAGGAGAACUCCAAAUCUAAAACAAGUCCUUGCAGAAAAACAGAAGAGUCUGGUGCUGAUCAGAUGCCAAGAAGAGUGUCUUCAGACUUCAGCUGUGUGUCUGUGAAGUCUAAACACUCCAUACAGUUGUCCAUACCUCGUUUAUCUAAUGAAGCUAUGACUUCUGAAAUCAGCAGGAAAAAGAGAAAAAUUGAAGCAUCUCCUGGACCCAGCGACGUGUCUGCGAAGAGCGAUGACUCUAUGAAGUUCAAUUUUUCUGCACUCAGUGGUGCAACCAUGACCUCUGAUACUUUCAGUGGGUUGGAAUACUCCCUGACUAACAAAAAAAACCAAAACGUAAAGUCAGCCAACCAAAAGCUUGAAGAGAAAGAUAUUGUUUUUCAAAAAGUCAAAGUUCUGCACAAAAACAGCAUGAAGAACAAGUAUGAGAGAUUAUUUGAGGGAAUUGAACUACAAGAGACUCAAACCCUAUUGAACAGUAUCUACACACAGCUCUACAUUUUAGAGGGAGAAAGUGAAGGGGUCAAUAAAGAACAUGAGGUUUUACAGAUGGAGAACACAACUAGAGCACAACACUUAAAAGACACUCCAAUCUACUGCAAUGACAUCUUCAAAGCCUUACCUAAACCAGGAUGUGAGGAGAAGGACCAGAUCAAGACUGUUCUUACUAAAGGAAUCGCUGGAAUUGGAAAAACUGUCUCUGUGCAGAAGUUCAUUCUGGACUGGGCAGAGGGAAAAGCCAAUCAGGAUGUAGACUUCAUGUUUGUGCUUCCAUUUCGAGAGCUGAACUUGAUUAAAGAUCACCAGUACAAUCUUCACAGACUUCUGCUGGACUUUAAUCCUGAACUUCAAGAUCUGGACUCAAAGAUUUAUGAGGAGUGUAAAGUUGUGUUCAUCUUUGAUGGUUUGGAUGAAAACAAAAUUGAACUGUUCUUGGACAGUGAGACAGUUUCUGAUGUGACUGAGACUUCAUCAUUGGGUUUGUUGAUUUCAAACCUCCUGAAAGGAGAUCUGCUUCACUCUGCUCUCAUCUGGAUCACCACCAGACCAGCAGCAGCCAAUCAGAUGCCCUCCAAAUACAUAAACCGUGUGACAGAAAUUCAGGGAUUCAAUGAGCCUCAGAAGGAGGAAUAUUUCAGGAAGAGAAUCAGUGAUAGGAAUCAAGCCAGCAGAAUCAUCUCCCAUAUCAGAAAAUCAAGAAGCCUUCACAUCAUGUGCCACAUCCCCGUCUUCUGCUGGAUCUCAUCCACUGUGCUUCAGAAGCUCCUGGAAGAAGAUCUGAGUGAAGACAUCCCUCAAACUCUCACUGAAAUGUACAUUCACUUCCUGCUGAUUCAGAUCAAUAGGAGGAAUCAGAAGUUUGAAGAGAAAGAUACAGAGAAACUUUUGCAUUCCAACAUAGAAGUGAUUGUGAAACUUGCCGAACUGGCCUUCAAACAGCUGAUGAAGGGCAAUGUGAUGUUCUAUGAGGAGGACCUGAUUGAGAGUGGCAUAGAUGUCACUGACGCGUCAGUGUAUUCUGGGAUUUGCACUGAGAUCUUUAAGGAGGAAAGUGUGAUUCAUCAGAGGAAAGUCUACUGCUUUAUUCAUCUGAGCUUUCAAGAGUUUCUGGCUGCUUUCUAUGUGUUUUACUUAUAUAAUAAAAACGACAACACAUUGCAAUAUUUGGAUCAAGUACAUAAUCUCCAUAGGGACACUGUACAUAAAGCCCUUCAGAGAGAGGAUGGACAGCUGGAUCUGUUUUUGCGAUUCCUGCUGGGUAUCUCACUGGAGUCUAAUCAGAGACUCUUAAAGAAUCUACUUACAUACACAGUAAACAGUUCAGAAAGCAUCAAUAAAACCUCACAGUACAUUAAAAAUAGAAUAAAGUCUGGCAAAUGUCUUCCAACUGAAAGAUCCAUCAAUUUGUUCCUCUGUCUGCUGGAGAUGAAAGAUCAGACGCUUUACAAAGAGAUUCAAGAUUUUCUGAAACACUCAGACAAACACUCAGAGAAACUCACUCCCGCUCAGUGUUCAUCAAUCACCUGCAUGCUUCAGAUCUCAGAGGAGGUGCUGGAUGAGCUGGACCUGAAGAAAUACAACACAUCAGAGGAGGGCAGAAGAAGACUGAUACCAGCUGUGAACAACUGCAGAAAAGUUCUUCUUGCUGAAUGCAAUCUCACUGUUCAGAGCUGUGAAAUUGUGGUCUCAGCUCUACACUCAUUCAAAUCUCCUCUAAGAGAGCUGGACCUGAGUAACAACGAUCUGCAAGACACAGGAGUGAAGAUGCUUUGGGAUGGACUAAAGAGUACCAACUGUAAACUGGAGAUAUUGCGAUUAUCUGGUUGUAUGGUGACAGAGGUUGGAUGUUGUUAUCUAGCUUCAGCUCUGACAUCAACUUCACACCUGAAAGAGUUGGAUUUGAGCUACAAUUACCCAGGAGAUAUAGGAAUCAAGCUGCUCUCUGACAAACUGAAGGAUCCACACUGCGCGUUGGAAAAACUCAAUGUGGACCAUAAUGAAGAAUUCAGAAUCACCCCAGGACUGCAAAAAUAUUUUUGCGAUCUCACACUGGAUCCAAACACAGCACACACAAGCCUCUUGAUGUCUGAGAGCAGAACAGUGACGCAUGUCAAAGAGGAGCAACCCUAUCCCGAUCAUCCAGAGAGGUUCGAGCACUACGAGCAGGUUAUGUGUAAAGAGAUUCUGACCGGACGCUGUUACUGGGAGACUGAAUUCAACGGCAAUGGUCAUGUUGCUGUUACAUAUAAAAAAGUCAGCAGAAAAGAAGGGAUUGAUUGUCUGUUUGGUCUCAAUGAACAUUCCUGGUGUCUUUUCUGGAUUAACCGAGGCAAUGUUUGUACCGCCUGGCACGAUAAUAAGAACACUGAUGUAUCCGAAUUUGUCCCUACCCUGUCUAAAAGAGUAGGAGCAUAUCUGGAUUGGCCGGCUGGGACUCUGUCCUUCUACUGCAUCUCUGACACACACACUCACACACUUCACACCACAUUCACCAGCCACUAUAUGCUGGAUUCAGGCUUUAUCCUAGAGCCACUAUGUGCUGGAUUCAGGCUUUAUCCUAGAGCCUCGGUUUCUCUGUGUCAGGUCGAAAAACCUCGGGUAAGAAAUAAUCUAGAGCUUGAUUCACUCUAGAUAGUAUCAUGUAUCAUGACAUCUAUAGGGCUUUACAGCUGAAUUGAAUUUUAUUAAUGAGAAUCUUUAAACAGUUAUAGAACACAACUGCAUCAACAACAAAGUGUGUUUUGAUUUUAUUUAAAUCCGCUUUAAAUAUUUCGAGCUUUAUAAUGUGCAUUAUGAACCAAUUUUUUGUUAGUACUGCAAUGAUUAAAUCUCAAAUGAUGCAAAACCUAUUGCCAUUAUUUUGGAUGCUCCCGUUGGUUUUUAUUGAGAAGGUAUGUCGAACAUCCUAAUGAAAUGAACGGGAAAGGCUGUGAAUAACAUAUUUCUUGUUUAAAUGUUGUGUAAGUUGAAGUAUUGUUAAAGAUAUUUUAUCAGUCACUUAAAAAAAUAUAAUUUGCUGUUCAUUAUACGCCUGGUAACAACAUUUGUGAACAAAGCUGUAAUCUGUUAAUUUGUAAUUGGUUAAUGAGCAAAUUUGAAUUGCUUGUAUCAUUUCUGUGACUACUUGACUAUUGUUUCCACAAAGCAAUAAAUGCUUUCCAAAGAUUUUA